UGGGAUAACGAAAUUCGCAAGUAGGAAAUGCGUUUGUUCAGUUGAACCAAGGCUGAGUGAGAAACUGGUGCUUUGGUUGAGAACUACUGAAAUAGUAAUUUAUUGACUGGGAAGAAACUUAAGUAUUUUAUUAAUUUAAAGAUAUAACUGGAGACCCAAGUAUAGAUUUUUAUAUUCACCGUAGAAUAAUAUAAAUAAUUUUGGGUAAAUCAGAAUGGUGAAGGAGACAGGCUAUUAUGACAUUUUGGGAGUGAGUCCUAAUUGUAGUGAUAGUGAUUUGAAAAGAGCUUACAGAAAGUUGGCUUUAAAAUAUCAUCCUGACAAGAAUCCUUCAGAAGGAGAAAAGUUCAAACAAAUUUCCCAAGCUUAUGAAGUACUUUCCAACCCAGAAAAAAGGAAAAUCUAUGAUGCAGGUGGUGAAGAUGCCAUCAAAGAAGGAGGUGGAAGUGGUCAUGGAUUUUCUUCACCCAUGGACAUAUUUGAUAUGUUCUUUGGAAUGGGUGGUGGUGGUGGAAGGAGAGAACGUCGUGGUAAAGAUGUUGUUCAUCAGUUAGGAGUUACCCUUGAAGAACUUUACAACGGAGCAACAAGGAAAUUAGCUCUACAGAAAAAUGUCAUCUGUGAUAAGUGUGAAGGGAGAGGUGGCAAACAAGGAGCAGUAGAAAAUUGUCCAACUUGCAGAGGUACUGGUAUGUACACACGAGUUCAACAGCUUGGCCCAGGAAUGGUACAGCAGAUUCAAAGUAUGUGUCCAGAGUGUCAAGGACAAGGAGAACGAAUUAAUGCAAAAGAUCGAUGCAAAGCUUGUCAAGGAAAGAAGGUUGUGAGAGAAAGAAAAGUUUUAGAAGUCCAUAUUGAUAAAGGAAUGAAAGAUGGACAGAAAAUUACCUUCAGUGGUGAAGGGGACCAAGUACCUGGUUUAGAGCCAGGAGACAUCAUUAUUGUCCUUGAUGAAAAAGAACACGAACAAUUCAAAAGAAGUGGUAGAGAUUUGAUUACAAGACUUGAUUUAACACUUACCGAAGCUCUUUGUGGAUUUCAGAAAACCAUCAACACGUUAGAUCACAGAAUACUAGUUAUUACAUCUAUACCAGGAGAAGUAAUUAAGCAUGAAGCAGUUAAAUGCAUCUUGAGUGAGGGCAUGCCAGAAUAUAGAAACCCAUUUGAAAAAGGCCGAUUGAUAAUCCAGUUUGUGGUUAACUUUCCUGCACGCAUUGAUCCAUCUAUUGUUGCACAACUAGAAGAGCUAUUACCCCCUAGAACAGAAUCUAUGAUACCUGAUAAUGCAGAAGAGGUGGCUCUUAUAGACCUUGACCCACAGCAAGAAGCUAGAAGACAUCAACAUAAGCAAGUUUAUGAAGAAGAUGAUGAUCACAUGCAUCACAGGGGAGGUGGUGUUCAGUGUCAAACACACUAAUCUUGUUGAUUGUAGUUUAAUUAAAAUUAAAUAUACAAAAAAUAUUCAUUUACUACCUGUGGUCAUCUGAACUUUGGUUUAUUAGAAGUAUAUUAGCUAUUUUGUAUGCUUCAGUGUUUUCCAUAAUCUUAUAUUUAUUUGUAAAGUGUCUAAUGAGAAAUUCACUAUAAAUUUCAUGUUUUUAAUUGUCUUAUGUUCGCUUAUUCUUACUUGCAAAAGUAAACGUUUGAGGUUUAUUAUAGUGAAAUGAUCAUUUAUCAGAAAUAUGUAAUAUACAUAUAAAGUCAUAAUUAAAAUGAGAAUAAUCCUGAAAAGUUUUUUUAUGAAAACAGUCAAUAGUGAAUUAAAUACUGGUAUGUUUAUUUAGGUAAUCAAACUGCUUUACUUGAUUUUGUUAAUUAAAAACCAUAAACUGUAAUCUAUAUAUCUUCUGUAGAAAUAUGGUUUGAAGUCUGAAGAAUUUUCAAGCCCAGUUUUUUUAUUUGGAUAUAUAGUAAUAAAUGAUUGGCUAGAUAAGAAGCCUACUUUGAACUCAUUGAAACCCUAUUUAUUUUAUCAGAGUUCAUGAAAUGGAUGUUCCCAUCAGGCAAAUCAUUUCCAAUAUUGACACUUAGACAUAAGCUGCCACCCAGUGGCACAGCAGUAUGUCUGCAGACUUACGAUGCUAGAAACCGGGUUUCGAUACCUGUGAUGAGCAGAGCACAGAUAGCCCAUUGUGUAGCUUUGUGCAUAACUACAAACAAAUAAUAGUCAUAAGCUAUCUGGUGUUUUUAGGCUCUUUGAAGUUUUCUGUAUUCAUAAGAAAACCAUUUCAUGAUUAUCUCACAUUCUAAGAUCUUUAUUCUACAACAACUUAAAAAAAACUUUAACAACAAUUGUUAUGGUGUGAACUGGACUAGUUGAAGUGUAACUUUUCACCAGUCAAGUUGUAGAUAAAAUGUUGUGUCAUAAUUUUUUUAGGCUCUUUGAAGUUUUCUGUAUUCACAAGAAAACCAUUUCAUGAUUAUCUCACAUUCUAAGAUCUUUAUUCUACAACAACUUAAAAAAAACUUUAACAACAAUUGUUAUGGUGUGAACUGGACUAGUUGAAGUGUAACUUUUCACCAGUCAAGUUGUAGAUAAAAUGUUGUGUCAUAAAAAUAAAAAUCUUUAAACUUUUU